UUAAAACAGAGGAUUUGUAGAAGAAGAAGGAUGAUGGAUUCCCCAAACAAUGACAAUGAGCUUUCUCUUCUUCAACAAUCCACCACCAUUCCUUCAUCUUCCAAGAUCCAACUCUUGCUUGUUAAUUUUCAACAAGUACUGCUUGGCACCAAGCUCGCACUUCUGUUCCCGGCUGUGCCUCUUGCUCUUCUUGCCAGCCAUUACCAUUUUGGCACUGUUGUGCUGUUCUCAUUCAGCUUAUUAGCAUUAGCUCCUCUUGCCGAACGUGUGAGUUUUCUCAGCGAACAAAUUGCAUACUACGCUGGCCCAACUGUUGGUGGACUUGUAAAUGCAACAUGCGGGAAUGCGCCAGAGUUGAUUAUUGCAUUGAUGGCACUACAGAACGACAAGGUCGAUGUCCUCAAAUGGUCUCUCCUUGGUUCCACCUCUCCAACCUCUUUGCUUGUUCUUGGCUCAUCACUUUUCUUUGGAGGUCUAGCGAACCUUUCCAAAGAAAGUCAGUUCGACCUGACACAAGUAAAUGUGAAUCUUAGCCUUCUUUUGUUAUGUUCUCAAUGCCACAUUUUGGCAUUGAUGGUUGGUAAUCACACAAGUAGCUCAAACAGUCAUACAACAAUGAGCCUUGACCUUUCAAGAGCUUGCAGCAUAGCUAUGCUCAUCACCUAUUUUGCUUGCCUCUUCUUCCAGCUUAAGACUCAUCGGCAACAGUAUGAUAUUCUUGAGGAUGAUUCCAGUGAUAAUGAAGCCUCUUCAUCUGAUGAUGAUGCACCGGUGAUUGGUUUUACUAGUGCAUGCAUUUGGUUAGUUAUAAUGACUACUUUAGUUGCAAUCAUAUCAGAGUACAUUGUUGGAACCAUUGAGGAUGCUUCCCGGUCUUGGUGUAUGUCUGUCAGUUUUCUAUGUAUCAUUUUACUGCCAAUUGCCGGAAAUGCAUCAGAACAUGCCGGUGCUAUAAUAUUUGCAUAUAAAAAUAAGAUCGAUAUUGCUUUAAGUGUCACUUUGGGCUCUUCAACACAAAUUACCAUGUUUGUGACUCCGGUAAGUGUAAUUGUCGCAUGGAUAAGAGGAAUUCCAAUGGAUCUUGAUUAUAAACUUUUGGAGACGGCAUCACUAGUUAUGUCAAUUCUGAUAGUAUCCUUGAUUCUUCAGGAUGGAAAAGUGGCAUUACAUGAAAGGAAUUGUGCUGGUUGUUAGCUACAUUGUCAUUGGACUAUUGUUUUUCAAAACCUCAAGACCUCUUUCUGAGUUUGCAUUUAUUAUUCCAGCAUUCCUUUUUUUAUUAUUUUUAAUUUUAUUUUUGUAGAACAGUGUGCACAAAUUUUAUUUAAGGUGAUGAUACUGGGGAAGGAAUA